AUGACACCGGAGAACAGAGGGACGAGGACACCGGACACCGAGAACAGAGGACACACACACACGAGAAAAAGAGGAGGGACACCGGACAUCGAGAACAGAGAGACAGAGACACAUGGAGAACAGAGGGAGACACACCGGAUGGACACACGGAGAACAGAGGGACAGGAGACUGAGACAGAGACAGGAGAAAGAGUGGAUGAGGGAGGGACACCGGACACACGAGAACAGAGAGACAGGACACUGACCAGAGACACACGAGAACAGAGAGACAGAGGGACACACUGGACACAGAGACACAGAACAGAGUGGAUGGACACUGGACACACGAGAACAGAGGGAGACACACGGAGAACAGAGAGACAGGGUGGACACACCAAGCACAUAUAUCAUAUACACGAAAACAGAUGGAUGAGGGACACACUGACACACGGAGAACAGAGACAUGACCGGACACACAAAAAUGGACACCGGAGGAGGACACACGAGAACAGACAGGACACAUGGAGACACACGAGAACAGAGGACAGACACUGGACACACAGAGAUGGACACACAGAGACACAGAAAAGAAGGAGGGAGACACACGGAGAACAGAGGACGAGAGGACACUGA